CAAACUAUAAACCUGAACCUUCCUCCUGAAGAUCUUGAUUCAUCUGGUGAUGACGACGAUGCGUUCUCAGGUUCAGGUGCAGGUCCCCUGACUGACCAAUCUCACACCUGGAGAAUCCCAGGAGAACCGACUAAUUCCUCAUUACUGGCAACACCAAUGGAUUUCAAUGAACAGCCAUUUCCCGGGAUUGAGAGCCGAACUGAAAAGGAAGUAAUAUCUCCUUCUGCAACUAGUAAUGUAGUGACAGAGGAGCCAGUUGUAGCUGUGAAGGAUGAAGUACCCAUCCUGGGCUCAUCUGAUGAGAAACUAACAAAUGUUGUGGUUACAACAACAGUGAGAAGUCCCACUACUCACUUUCCUUCAGUGGUUCAUGUAACUCCUUCAGAAGCCUCAGGCACGGUCCAUGAGCUCGAACCUAAAAUCCCUAGCUCUGAUGUGCCAGACACUAAAGACGUGCCUGAGCCCCACUCUACCAUCCAUCAUGAGGAAGACAUCACUGCCACCCCCACGACGACAGCUCCAAAGGACAUUGUUCCUACACAUGAAGAGGUUUCUGAAGAUGGCUCUGGAGACCCGGGAGACUUCAUCUUGACUAAAGAUGAGGAUUUGGUCCCCACCCAGAACUCAGAAGUACUGGCUGACUCUGGGAGGAAUGCCAAAGCAGCAGGAGCCUCGGGAAUUAUGGACAGAAAAGAAGUUCUUGGAGGUGUUAUUGCUGGAGGACUAGUAGGCUUGGUGUUUGCAGUGUUUCUAGUUGCAUUUAUGCUGUACAGAAUGAAGAAAAAAGAUGAAGGCAGCUAUUCACUGGAUGAACCAAAACAGUCUAAUGGAGGAUACCAAAAACCACACAAACAAGAAGAAUUCUAUGCAUAAACACUGAUCUUCAGGACACUUCUUAUUCCAUCUUUCUUGGACUCUUCUCUCCCUGCACAUGGACCUCCUAGUGUGCUUUGCGUUAAACUUAAGCCAUAUGAUCAUUGGGUUAUUUGCCCUUACCACUUUGCCGUUGGAAAUUUUAUAACUACAAAGUAGAUCUGGAUUCAUUGAACAUUCCCCGCUUUCUUGCACAACUUUUUUUUUUUUUUUAACAGAAGUGGGACUGCAAGUUCCUAAACUCACUUUGGUUUAUCUAAAGACUGCUGGGGCAAGCGGUGGGGAGAAGAUAAGGGAGCACUGUAUGCAUAAACCUCUUGAUAUUUAGGGAAAGGGCUAGCAAGAAUAAACAAUUAUCAGUGCUCGAAUUCUGUAUAGCAGGGAUCCUUCCUAUUUAACUCAUAGAUGUGUUUUAAGUGUAACAAAUGGCUGUGCUGGGCAGACGUUUGGUACACUGCAAUCCUCUAGCUCUUUCUAACUGCCGUAUUUGGAGCACUUAAUGCCUAUGAAACAUCAAGCUGAACAUGAUUUCUA